AAUAAAGAAGUGUUAGGGAAAAUUAAAUAUGUAAAUGAUAGAUUAGAAAUAAAUACAAAUAGCACAAAUGAAAUCAUCAAUGAGAAAGAUGAGGAAAAUAAAAAUAAAUUCAUCACUUUAGAAAAUAAAAUUAGGGAAAUAGAGGAAAAUGGACUUAAAACCAAAGUAGAAACCACCUACAUAGGACUGUGCCAAAAUGUACAAAACAAUAACAAAUUUGAGGGCAAUAUUAAAAAGUUACAUCCAAUUGUAUUUAUUAAAAUCUUAAAGAAUAAAAUUAAUAACAAAAUUAAGGGUGAGGAAAUGAAAGACAUAAUUAGGCAACAUCUGGUAAAUCAACCAUGCAUAUGGUUCAACAGCCAGGAAAACAAUAUUCAAACUUUUGAAGAUUUUGAGAAUUUAUUUAUUAGACAGUAUUGGGGGGAAAAUGCGCAAUUGAAAAUAAGAGAUAAACUUCAAUUUGGAAAAUUUGACGAAUGCAGGAGUCAAAAUUAUAAUAAUUACGCAAUUCAAUUAUAUGCAACAGCACAAUAUCUACAACCAAAAAUGAGAGAAGAUGAAAUGGUAGGAUAUAUUAGUAGGCAUUUUAGGCAGGAAAUAUUUGAAAUUAUUAGCAUGCAUGAAAUCAAGAAAUAG